AGCCAUCGCAAUUUCGGCCAGCCGUCUCAUACAAGUCAUAGUGUAGUGGCGAGUUGUAGCUAAUGCUUCCACAGCCACGUUGGCUUGACACUUUGAUUCGACCGCGAUCCCACACAGUCCUGCCUCCCUUUGGAUCCAGCCUGCAACCAUGGGCGCUGGCGCCGGCGCCAUGCCAGGUGACAACCUUCAGGCGGCUUUGGAGAAGGUCGACGACUCAGACUUAAAGGCUGCCCUUGGUGAGCUGAACGCGGAGGCCAAGGCCAGGCUCCUCGCCGCCCUGGCUGUGAAUCAAUCGCCCCCGCCUCCACAGGACCCAGACGAGGAGGCGAAGCAGGCCUGCUUGGAAGCCCUGAACAUGCAGAUGCAGCAAGAGGCUGCCGAUAUUCAGGCCGUCUGCGGGGCGAUUUUGGGAACAAAGCGUACCGCGCUCACCGUGGAGCUUCUCAAAGCGAUGAAUGACAAGACAUCUGGCGGUGUGAUCGAUCUUUUGAAGGGCAACCCAGUCUUCACCGAUCUGGCCAAAAAAGAGUUCGAUGGCAUCGUCGCCCGUGAUAACGAGGAUGCCGCGAAAUUGGCCGCUGGCGUGCAGCAGGCCAUAGAGAAGGGCGUGCUUCCGAAAGACAAGGAACCUCCCACGUACGAGAACGUGGAUGUGCUCGGCAAAACUUCAAGCCAGGUGGCCGACGAGAUCUUGGCCAAGCUCCCAAAGGAGGGCGGUUGCGUCAUGAUUCUUUGUGGCCUGAGCGGUACUGGAAAGGGCACCACGGUGGACACGAUCAAGGCGAAGGUCCCGAACGCGUCGACGUGGUCGAAUGGGAAUUGUUUCCGCUCGCUCACGCUGCUUGCGGCGACGCACUGCGAGCAGCAGGGCAUGGAGUUCGACCCGGCCGUUCUCACGCCAGAGAAUUUGGCGUCUUGGACGGCCAUGCUUGAAUUCGACAAGUUCGACGGCAAGUUCGACAUUCGCAUCAAUGGCUUGGGCAUCAAUGAAAAAGUCUCCGACAUUGCGAACACCCUCCUGAAGGAGCCCAAGGUUAGCAAGAACAUACCUACGGUGGCGAAGGAGACGCAAGGCGAGGUGGUGAAGUUCGCCGGCGACGCCUGCAAGAAGAUGGGCGACGACGGCACGCUCGUGCUUGUGGAGGGCAGGGAGCAGACGCUGAACUUCAUCGAGUCGCCGUAUCGGUUCUGCCUCACGAUGUCUGACACUUCGGUGAUCGGCGAGCGACGGGCCGCCCAGCGCAUCGCCGCACACGCGGCGAAGAAUGUCAAGGAAGGCGACGACGUAGCCUCCGCAGUUGUUGCGAGCCUCGCGGAGAUCGCGGCGCAGUGACAUGCAAGUUCCACCCGGCCUCGUUCCCCGGCGCUCUACCUGGCUCCCCGCCUGCGCAUGCCCCCCGUCCUCUGCCUCUUCCUUUCCCUCUGCCUUCCGAUGCGCGCUCCUCCCGCUCCACUCUUAGCGAUCCUAUAGCAGUACGUCUUCAGAGGUGACAGCUGGCAAGCUCCAAACGAGCGUGCGCGAAGCCUGGGGCAGAGACAGACCCCAGAUAUGAAUACCUGUCGUGUGUUUCGGCAAAGCUGCUCCGCCGCUGGAUUUGCAGCGACAGCAGGGACGGGCCGAUGGUAGCGUCGCUGGCCGCGCCUGUGGAACACCCGCGGAUGCGGCAGUCGGUUCUUGAGAGACGCCACAAACAAGAAAGAACUGAGCAAA